AUGAAGUUUCGUGGGCACACAGCAUCAUGGUGGAAACAAGUUAACGUGACUCGUCACCGUAACGGCAAGGCACCCAUUAAUUCGUGGGAAAAGCUGAAAAAGCAUCUCCGUGCUACCUUUUUCCCGCAUAACUAUGACCGAACCGUCUAUAACCGUUUACAGAACCUACGACAAGGGUCAAGGUCUGUUGACGACUAUGCAGAGGAGUUCUCCCUAUUGCUCACACGAACGGAUAUCUUUGAUAGUCCAGAGCAACUCGUGGCAAGGUUCAUCGGUGGUCUCCGAUCACAGUUGCAGACAGCAAUGGCGCAAUUUGAUCCUAUGACGAUCGCUGAGGCUCACCGACGAGCAGCUACUUUCGAACAGCAACAGAAGACUUCGAGUUGGAGCAACCAGUCCAAUCGCUCGCGCACCUCCGGGUCCACUGCUACACCUGCACAAGCUAAGGAAGCAGAAUCUUCUUCUCAGGCGAACCGUCCUGCAACACAGCCAGAGGAUCAGAAUUUGAGGCGUUCUACACGCCCUGCUACUAUCAAAUGCUAUGGUUGUGGCGAAACUGGGCACCGUUUGUCCGCUUGUCCUAAUCAGACACGUCGGGGUUUACUUGCUGAUGACACAAAAGAAGAUCAAACUCCUGUGUAUGACUCGUACGAGGAUGAGGAUGAUAUCGAUAACGCCAAUAAGGUUCUUACAACGACGGGCGAUACAGGGCAUUUAUUGGUGGUCCGUCGUUCCUGCACAAUUCCUCGUCGCCAAGAUGAACAGUGGCUCCGAACAAAUAUUUUUAAGUCAACCUGCACCAUCAGAGGGCGUGUGUGUACGUUCAUCAUCGACUCGGGCAGUUCGCGGAACAUUAUAUCUGACGAUGCAGUCAAUAAACUAGGUUUGAUUCGCGAACAUCAUCCUGCUCCUUACUCGCUCGGUUGGAUAACAGAAUCUAGCAGCAUGCGUGUCACUCAACGAGUUCUAGUUCCCUUCUCUAUUGGUCCUCAUUAUAAGGAUCACACAUAUUUUGACAUCGCAUCAAUGGAUAUUAGCCAUCUGAUAUUUGGGUGUCCUUGGGAGUUCGAUAGAAAGAUCAUUCACGAUGAACUACAAACGGAGGGCUUCGCACUGGCUUUAUUCCCUGCUUCUGAUUCCCGUGUGUCCACACUUCAGCCAGCUCCACUUUUGUCUGCGGUACUUGGUGAAUUCGAGGAUGUGUUCCCUGCGGAAUUGCCUCAAGGCUUGCCUCCCCUACGCUCGAUCCAGCAUCAUAUUGAUCUGAUCCGUAUUAGGCCUGGAGAUGAGUGGAAGACGGCGUUUAAGACGAGAGAAGGUCUAUUUGAAUGGCUUGUCAUGCCGUUUGGAUUAUCUAAUGCGCCAAGCACGUUCAUGAGGAUCAUGAAUCAGGCCUUGACACCUUUUAUUGGUCGCUUUGUUGUCCUCUACUUCGACGAUAUCCUUAUUUUCAGUGCAUCGUUAGAAGAUCAUAAGGACCACUUGCGCAAAGUGUUGACAGUGCUACGCUCCGAACAACUCUUCGCUGCAAAACAGAAGUGUGAAUUUGGUGUUUCUCAGGUCCUUUUUCUCGGAUAUGUGAUCUCUGAUCAAGGCUUGUCAGUUGACGCUAGUAAGAUAGAGGCUGUGCGGUCAUGGCCCAUUCCGAAGACGGUGUCAGAGGUGCGAAGCUUUCAUGAGGACGCGACAAAGGCUUUCGCACUCAUCAAACAGAAGCUCACAUCGGCUCCUAUUCUGGUUUUACCGGAUUUCUCUGCCACCUUCGAGCUUCAUUGCGACGCCUCUAAGAUCGGCAUUGGGGCUGUACUUAGCCAAAACGGGAGACCAGUGGCGUUUUACAGUGAGAAACUUGCAGGCGCGCGUGGACGUUACAGCACUUACGAUGUUGAGUUUUACGCGAUUGUGCAGGCUAUUAAGCACUGGCGUCACUAUCUCGUCCAUCGGGAGUUUGUUCUCUUUACCGACCAUGACGCUCUGCGCCAUCUUGAUAGCCAGGCAAAGGUUUCAGCUCGCCAUGCUGCUUGGAUUUCUUAUUUGCAGCAAUUUACUUUUGCAAUACGGCAUCAGUCGGGAAAGACGAACAGAGUUGCAGUCGCCCUAAGCAGGAGACACGGGUUGUUAACUACACUCCAUUCGACGGUGCCUGGCUUUGCUGUGUUCGCUGAUUUGUAUCCCACAGAUCCUUUUUUCUCCAGAUAUUUUCAGAAACAUCGCAGGGUCCAUACUCGGAUUACACCUUGCAGGAUGGUUACUUGUUCAAAGCGACGAAGCUAUGUGUUCCAGAGUACAGUCUUCGUCUGCAAAUAA